GUCCGGCUCCGCCCAGACAGCAGAGCUAGUUGAGUAGACAUCGCAACGGGUCCGGAAUCCGUCCGGAGGCGCGAGUCGCGAGCCAGUGGCAGGAGCCAUGGCGGGCGAGGAAGACCGAGGGGACGUGGAGCCGGUAUCAGUGGUGACUGUGAGGGUGCAGUACCUGGAGGACACCGACCCCUUCGCAUGUGCCAACUUCCCGGAGCCGCGCCGGGCCCCUACCUGCAGCCUGGACGGGGCGCUGCCUUUGGGCGCACAGAUACCCGCGCUGCACCGCCUGUUGGGGGCGCCGCUCAAGCUAGAGGACUGUGCCCUGCAAGUGUCUCCCUCUGGAUACUACCUGGACCCCGAGCUGUCCCUGGAAGAGCAGCGGGAGAUGCUGGAGGGCUUCUAUGAAGAGAUCAGCAAAGGGCGGAAGCCUACACUGAUUUUGCGGACCCAGCUCUCCGUGAGGGUCAAUGCCAUCUUAGAAAAGUUGUAUGGCUCCUGUGGCCCUGAGCUCCGCCGCUCCCUCUUCUCACUAAAGCAGAUCUUCCAGGAGGACAAGGACCUGGUGCCUGAAUUCGUGCACUCAGAGGGACUGAGUUGCCUGAUCCGCGUGGGUGCUGCUGCUGACCAUAACUACCAGAGCUACAUACUCCGAGCACUAGGCCAGCUGAUGCUUUUUGUGGACGGGAUGCUGGGGGUGGUGGCCCAUAGUGAGACCGUGCAGUGGCUGUACACACUGUGUGCCAGCUUGUCCCGUUUGGUGGUGAAGACAGCCCUGAAGCUGCUGCUGGUGUUUGUGGAAUACUCUGAGAGCAACGCACCACUGUUCAUCUACGCAGUCAACUCUGUGGCCAGCAACACCGGUGCUCUUCCGUGGGCCAAUAUGGUAUCCAUCCUGGAGGAGAAGAAUGGCACCGACCCUGAGUUGUUGGUGUAUACAGUCACCCUCAUUAACAAGACACUGGCAGCGCUCCCGGACCAGGACUCCUUCUACGACGUGACAGAUGCACUGGAGCAGCAGGGCAUGGAGGCACUGGUCCAGCGUCACUUAGGCACCCCGGGCACUGACGUCGACCUGCGAGCGCAGCUUGUGCUCUACGAGAGUGCCCUGCGAUUGGAAGAUGGAGACAUUGAAGAAGCUGCAGCAGGUGGGCGGCGGGAGCGCAGAAAGCCCUCUUCAGAGGAGGGCAAGAGGAGCCGCCGAUCUCUAGAAAGUGGGGGCUGCCCUGUGCGCGCCACAGAGCCUGGCCCCACAGGCCCCUCCUCACCGAUAGUCUCCACCUCCAUGGGUCCUGCCUCACCCGCAAGCCCCACCUCCAGCCCCAGAGGCCCCGCCCUGCCAACAGGCCCCACCUCCAGCCCAAUGGGCCCUGCCCCUGGCCUCCUUACCUCGAUGAACCUCUUUCCUACCAUCUCCGCGAUGCCCUCAGCUGACAGCUCCUGCGAAAGAAGCAUCUAUAAAGCCCGGUUCCUGGAGAAUGUGGCAGCAGCAGAAACAGAGAAGCAGGCUGCGCUGGCCCAGGGCCGGGCAGAGACAUUGGCUGGGGCCAUGCUCGAUGAGCCCGAUGGGCACCCAUACAUCCAGGAACUAUGGGGCUCUCCCGAACCAGUCCCUGCACCCAGAACACCCCAGAGCCCUGGCCCCCGAGUUCUGCUCCGGGCCCAGCAGAGCCUUGAGCCAGAGCCCAAGGAGCCACUGACUCUGCCAAGCCCCAAGGCUGAGCCCAUCAAGGAGCUCCCUACCCGUGUCCCCAAGCUCUGCAUUGGGGAUCUGGACUUCUCAGAUCUGGGGGAGGACGAAGACCAGGACAUGCUGAACAUGGAGUCUGUGGAGGCUGUGAAAGGGGUCCCACCCCCACCACCCCCACUACCCCUGCUCUCUGGAGGCCCUCCACCUCCUCCUCCCCCACCUCCCCCACCCAUCAAAGGCCCCUUCUCACCACCUCCACCCCCAGCUGCCCCUCUUCCCCCUUCAGCGCUUGAUGGCCCUCCACCUCCUCCUCCCCCACCUCCCCCACCCAUCAAAGGCCCCUUCUCACCACCUCCACCCCCAGCUGCCCCUCUUCCCCCUUCAGCGCUUGAUGGCCUAGCCCUUCCCACCAAGAGGAAGACAGUAAAACUCUUCUGGCGGGAGCUAAAAUUAGCUGGAAGCCAUGCAGGCUCUAGGAGCCGCUUUGGGCCCUGCUCCACCCUGUGGGCCUGCCUGGAGCCUGUCUCGGUGGACACAGCCCGGCUGGAACACCUGUUUGAGUCCCGUGCCAAGGACAUUCUGCCUUCCAAGAAAGCUGGUGAGGGCCGCCGGACAAUGACCACUGUGCUGGACCCCAAGCGCAGCAACGCUAUCAACAUUGGCCUAACCACACUGCCACCUGUGCAUGUCAUUAAGGCUGCCCUGCUCAACUUUGAUGAGUUUGCUGUCAGCAAGGAUGGCAUUGAGAAGCUGUUGACCAUGAUGCCCACGGAGGAGGAGCAGCAGAAGAUCGAGGAGGCCCAGCUGGCCAAUCCUGACAUACCUCUGGGCCCAGCUGAGAAUUUCCUGAUUACUCUUGCCUCCAUCGGGGGCCUGACCGCCCGCCUACAACUCUGGGCCUUCAAGCUGGACUAUGACAGCAUGGAGCGGGAAAUUGCAGAGCCACUGUUUGACCUGAAAGUGGGCAUGGAACAGCUGGUGCAAAAUGCCACCUUCCGCUGCAUCUUGGCCACCCUGCUGGCUGUGGGCAACUUCCUCAAUGGCUCCCAGAGCAGUGGCUUUGAGCUGAGCUACCUGGAGAAGGUGUCGGAGGUGAAGGACACAGUACGCCGGCAGUCACUGCUGCACCAUCUUUGCUCCUUGGUGCUGCAAACCCGGCCUGAUUCUUCUGACCUCUACUCAGAAAUCCCCGCCCUGACCCGCUGUGCCAAGGUGGACUUUGAGCUGCUGACUGAGAACCUGGGACAGCUGGAGCGCCGGAGCGGGGCAGCUGAGGAGAGUUUGCGGAACUUGGCCAAGCAUGAGCUGGCCCCAGCCCUGCGGGCCCGCCUCACCCACUUCUUGGCCCAGUGUGCCCGCCGCGUUGCUAUGCUGCGGGUAGUGCACCGCCGUGUCUGCAACAGGUUCCACGCCUUCCUGCUAUACCUGGGAUACACAGCACAGGCAGCCCGUGAAGUGCGCAUCAUGCAGUUCUGCCACACGCUGCGGGAGUUUGCACUAGAGUACCGGACUUGCCGGGAACGGGUGCUGCAGCAGCAGCAGAAGCGGGCCACAUAUCGUGAACGCAACAAGACCCGGGGACGCAUGAUUACUGAGACAGAGAAGUUCUCAGGUGUGGCUGGGGAAACUCCCAGCAACCCAUCUGUCCCAGUGGCUGUGGGUAGCGGGCCAGGCCGGGGUGAUGUGGAUAGUCAUGCCAGCAUGAAGAGUUUGCUGACCAGCAAGCCUGAGGAUACCACACACAGCCGCCGCAGCAGAGGCCUGGUCCAGAGCAGCUCCCCAGUCAUACCUAUAGCAGUAGGGCCCUCCACUGCACCCCCAGAAGAACCCCCAGGCUCCAGUUUACCCAGUGACACUUCAGAUGAGAUCAUGGACCUGCUGGUGCAGUCAGUGACCAAGAGCAGUCCUCGUGCCUUAGCUGCUCGGGAACGCAAGCGUUCCCGUGGCAACCGCAAAUCUUUGAGACGGACCUUGAAGAGCGGGCUUGGAGAGGACCUGGUGCAGGCACUGGGACUGAGCAAGGGUCCUGGCCUGGAAGUGUGAAGGUGCUGCCUCCAGGAUACCUACCUGGGCCAGCCUGCAUGCAAGAGACUAUAGAGUGAGGAGAGACCAGAGCAGAAUUCUAGGCAUCUUCUCAACCCUGGAGUCACUCUGUGCCCAGUGGCCAGUGCCUUAAGCAGUAUUAUGUGUGUGUACCUGUGUGCAUGUGUACAUCUGUGUGUAUUUGUGUGUGUGUGUGUGUGUGUGCAUGCAUGCAUGUAUGAGCUCUCUGAACACAUGGAGCAAAAUAAAGUUUCUUAGCCAA